AUGAAAAUUAUUCAGGAAGCUCUCCUCAGAAACAUAGGCAAGUUCAAAAGGGAGAGUUUCUCCGAAGAUGAUGACAACAAUCCUGAGUCUAUCUUUCGUGCGACAUUUGGCAAGAAAUGGUACACCUGGUCUUUUGACUCGUGCCGUGACUCCUCUUUUAAAGAUUCAGAAUCUGGAUUUGAGUGGUCAGAGCAAUCAAGCUGGAAAGAUAGAAGUAAAAGAUGGGAGAAUAGUAGUGACGUGGAGUCUGAUGAUGAAUUAUGUACCAUAGGAUCUUAUUCUGAUAGAACAAUUCUUGGUCUGCCUCCAACAGGUCCUUUAAAGGCUGAAGAUGUUAAAAAAGCUUUCCAUUUAUCAGCUUUAAAAUGGCAUCCUGACAAGCAUGAAGGCCCUUCACAGGCAAUGGCUGCAGAGAAAUUUAAACUUUGUGUUAAUGCUUGCAAAUCUCUGUGCAAUGCACUAUCCCUAGCAGUGCGUAUAGAGUGGCCUUGUGACUUACUUCUGGUGAUGAGGAUGGGUCUUCCUUAUCCAGUGCAGAUAAUAGAGCUGUGCUUGUUUUGUGGCGACACCACUGAAAGUGCUGUACAUGUCCUUGUUAUGUGUCCGUUUGCGGUGGCUACUUGGGAUAUUUCUAUGUUGACAAGGCAUGCCCAUCAGGGAGUUCAACGAUCUCUACAUGAUGUUGUGGUCUUUGCUCAACAAUAUGUGCAUGAAUUUAUUACGGUAAAUGGUACUCUGUCCAAAGUAACUAAUUGGGUGCGGGAUGCCUUUAAAUGGGUAGCAUUACUGUCAGGCCGCCUCAAACUCAACUUUGAUGGAGCAUUUGAUCCUACUUCGGGUAGAGGGGCUGUUGGGGUUGUUGCCAAAGACGCGGAUGGAGGUUUUGUGGCUGCAAUGGCAAAAUCAGUUAGGGAAGUGCAAUUGGUUGAACAUGCAGAAAUUCUUGCGGCUCCUGAAGGGGUGACCCUUGCUCUCUCACUCGGGAUUGCAUCUCCCAUCUUUGAAGGAGACUCUGCUGUGGUGGUUGCAGCAGUAAAGCGAGCAGGACAGAUUUAUUCCAACAUUGGUACCAUUGUUGAAGAUGUAAAGCAUCUUCAGAAAUGA